AUGCGUAUAAAGCCUGAAAUAGAAUGUAUUGGUACACAUAUCGCCCUGAACCUCUGCCAUAGUCUCGACAAUACCAUAAUCAACCCGCCCUCACUCACCCACCCCAACCCCCACGGUCUCUACACCACUACAAUCAACCCACGCUCUCUAGUCAACACCUACUACAAUCUACCUACACUCACUGAUCCACCCCUUCCCCUAACACAUGAACUCAGUCACAGUCCCGGCACUACUACAAUCAACCCUCCCUCACUGGUCCACCCCUUCCCCCACAGUCUUUACACUACUACGAUCAACCCUCCCUCACUGGUCCACCCCUUCCUCCACAGUCUCUACACUACUACAAUCAACCGACCCUCACUGGUCCGUCCCUUCCCCCACAGUCUCUACACCACUACAAUCAACCCUUCCUCACUGGUCAAACCCCUUCCCCAACAGUCUCUACACCACUACAAUCAACCCUCUCUCACUGGUCCACCCCUUCCUCCACAGUCUCUACACCACUACAAUCAACCCUCCCUCACUGGUCCACCCCUUCCUCCACAGUCACUACACCACUACAAUCAACCCUACCUCACUGGUCCACCCCUUCCCCGACAGUCUCUACACCACUACAAUCAACCCACCCUCACGGGUCCACCCUUACCCCCACAGUCACUACACCACUACAAUCAACCCUCCCUUACUGGUCCACCCCCUCCUCCACAGUCUCUACACCACUACAAUCAACCCUCCCUCACUGGUCCACCCCUUCCUCCACAGUCACUACAGCACUACAAUCAACCCACCCUCACUGGUCCACCCCUUCCCCCACAGUCUCUACACCACUACAAUCAACCCUCCCUCACUGGUCCAGCCCUUCCUCCACAGUCCCUACACCACUACAAUCAACCCUCCCUCACUGGUCCACCCUCACUGGUCCACCCCUUCCUCCACAGUCACUACACUACUACAAUCAACCCUCCGUCACUGGUCCAUCCCUUCCUCCACAGUAUCUACACAACUACAAUCAACCCACCCUCACUGGUCAACCCCUUCCUCAACAGUCACUACACCACUACAAUUAACCAUCCCUCACUGGUCCAUCCCUUCCUCCACAGUCACUACAUCACUACAAUCAACCCUCCCUCACUGGUCCACCCCUUCCCCCACAGUCCUUUACACCACUAUAAUCAACCCUUCCUCACUGGUUCAACCCUUCCUCCACAGUCACUACACAAUUACAAUCAACCCUCCCUCACUGGUCCACCCCUUCCUCCACAGUCACUACACCACUACAAUCAACCCUCCGUCACUGGUCCACCCCUUCCUCCACAGUCUCUACACAACUACAAUCAACCAACCCUCACUGGUUCACCCCUUCCUCCACAGUCACUACACCACUACAAUCAACCCUCCCUCACUGGUCCACCCCUUCCUCCACAUCUUUACACCACUACAAUUAACCCUCCCUCACUGGUCCACCCCUUCAUCCACAGUCACUACACCACUACAAUCAACCCUCCCUUACUGGUCCACCACUUCCUCCACAGUCACUACACCACUACAAUCAACCCUCCCUCACUGAUCCACCCCUUCCUCCACGGUCACUACACCACUACAAUCAACCCUCCCUCAAUGGUCCACCCCUUCCCCUACAGUCACUACACAACUACAAUCAACCCUUCCCUCUACUGGUCCACCCCUUCCCCCACAGUCCUUUACACCACUAUAAUCAACCCUUCCUCACUGGUUCAACCCUUCCUCCACAGUCACUACACAAUUACAAUCAACCCUCCCUCACUGGUCCACCCCUUCCUCCACAGUCACUACACCACUACAAUCAACCCUCCGUCACUGGUCCACCCCUUCCUCCACAGUCUCUACACAACUACAAUCAACCAACCCUCACUGGUUCACCCCUUCCUCCACAGUCACUACACCACUACAAUCAACCCUCCCUCACUGGUCCACCCCUUCCUCCACAGUCACUACACCACUACAAUUAACCCUCCCUCACUGGUCCACCCCUUCCUCCACAGUCUUUACACCACUACAAUCAACCCACCCUCACUGUCACUACACCACUACAAUCAACCCUCCCUUACUGGUCCACCCCUUCCUCCACAGUCACUACACCACUACAAUCAACCCUCCCUCACUGGUCCACCCCUUCCUCCACGGUCACUACACCACUACAAUCAACCCUCCCUCAAUGGUCCACCCCUUCCUCUACAGUCACUACACAACUACAAUCAACCCUUCCCUCUACUGGUCCACCCCUUCCCCCACAGUCUUUACACCACUACAAUUAACCCUCCCUCACUGGUUCACCCCUUCCUCCACAGUCACUACACCACUACAAUCAACCCUCCCUCACUGGUCCACCCCUUCCUCCACAGUCACUACACCACUACAAUCAACCCUCCCUCACUGGUCCACCCCUUCCUCCACAGUCACUACACCACUACAAUCAACCCUCCCUCAAUGGUCCACCCCUUCCUCUACAGUCACUACACAACUACAAUCAACCCUUCCCUCUACUGGUCCACCCCUUCCCCCAGUCUUUACACCACUACAAUUAACCCUCCCUCACUGGUUCACCCCUUCCUCCACAGUCACUACACCACUACAAUCAACCCCCCCUUACUGGUCCACCCCUUCCUCCACAGUCACUACACCACUACAAUCAACCCUCCCUCACUGGUCCACCCCUUCCUCUACAGUCACUACACUACUACAAUCAACCCUUCCUCACUGGUCCACCCCUUCCCCCAAAGUCUCUACACCACUACAAUUAACCCUCCCUCACUGGUCCACCCCUUCCUCUACAGUCACUACACUACUACAAUCAACCCUCCCUCUACUGGUCCACCCCUUCCCCCACAGUCUUUACACCACUACAAUUAA